AACCUCUGGCCCCUCCUCCAUCCCCAGACCCCGCCUCCGAGCUCCCGGAACUUCUGAGCUUGCCCUCCUUCCCAUCUUGCCUUCGAGCUCCGCCCCACUGCCACAGCCGCGAGAUCCAGACGCCACCACAAUUGGAUGAGAAGGGGAAGGAGGCGGGAACUUCCCGGUGCCUCGCUUCUGAUUGCCUAGAGACCGUGACCUCGCCGAAUUCGCUCGGGGCGCGGCCACUUAACCCGGAAGUCGUUCGCGUGUUGGCUGCCUCACGCUUCUGGAGACUCUGAAGCUUAAGGUCUUGAGAGCCUGAAGUGCUGCAAAGAUGACCAAAGUAAAGAAGGAGGUGGAGGAAUCGGAGGCGGCGCCGGAGAGUUCCGGGGGUCCAGAGCGCACGUACGAGGAGAUGCUGUUGAAUCUGAACCCCAUUGCGCAGCCCCUGGCGUCCCGACGCCUGACUCGGAAGCUGUACAAGUGCAUCAAGAAAGCCGUGAAGCAGAAGCAGAUCCGGCGAGGCGUGAAGGAAGUUCAGAAGUUCCUUAACAAAGGAGAAAAGGGGAUUAUGGUUUUGGCUGGGGACACAUUGCCUAUCGAGGUAUAUUGCCAUCUCCCUAUUAUGUGUGAGGAACUGAGUAUGCCAUAUGCCUACGUUCCCUCGAAAACGGAUCUGGGAGCAGCUGCUGGCUCUAAGCGCCCAACUUGUGUAAUUAUGAUUAAGCCACAUGAGGACUACCAGGCAACAUAUGAUGACUGCCUAGAAGAAGUAGAAUCUCUUCCAGUCCCCUUGUAAAGAAAAGUAGUGUGAUAUUCAUGAUUAUUUAAGAGAUCUUUCUUGAUUGCAAAAGACAAUGGUACAAACUGUUUUAUUGUGUCUCCAAAGGACAGAUGUCCAUCAUCUCCCCACCAGCAUUCCCAGAGGUGUUUUUUUUGUUUUUGUUUUUGUUUUUUUUAAUGAUAGCUUAAACAGUAACUUCAGCCAAUAUAAUAAUUGUCAAGGCUAUUUCUUACUAAGCAGUAAAAUAAAAUUUUGAAAAAUA